CAUUUCAUACUUCAAAACAAAAAGUUGAAGAAUUAUAACAGAAUAUGAACUAUGAAGCUAUAUUAUAUCCUACCGAGAACAAAUUGAAAGAGUAAAUACGCAUUGUAUGAUUUUAAGAUUUAAUGAAAGAAAGUUACGUUAAACACAAAUAAAAGCGUAUCAAAAAAUAACGCCUAGGCGCAAAUAAUUUAAUGCGAGAUUCCUGUUCUAUAAAUCGUCGGUAUUGAUUAAUGAUUUGUGAAAAGGAAAAUGAAGUGACUAAAAUGAGCCUAGGCAUAAAUGUGGCUAUCUAAGUUUGUGAAUAUAGUGACGAGAAUGUGUUCAUAAUGAAAACGAAAAGCUUUCUGUUAUUCUCGACUUCUGUUUUUGCCAUCAGUAUAUUUCUGAUAGUAUUCCAUCAACAGCCACCACAAUCUAUUCAAAACAUUGUGACACAAACUCAUCAACAUAUCAAGGAUUUUCAGGUGUCUUUGCCACAGGCACAGCUCCGUGAUGUUGAGGAAAAGCAUUUGGUGCAGGAGGAGCGCUACUUGACCCUGGUUGGUUUGUCAGGUCACACUGAGCCUUGGCACAACACAACAGUCCCCGUGCUGGUGACACAUGCAAGGCAUGAUGAACAUGCCCUUAUAGUUGCAUUUGUACGAGCUGCACAAAAGCUGCCAUACACUGUUUUUGUCUACAAUAUAGGACUCAAACCUUACUCUUUAAAUGUGAUAUCCAACUACUGCAACUCCUCAAAGUGUGCCGUUAUAGAUUUUGAUUUAAAUCUGUUUCCAUCUCAUGUGAGUGACGAGAGCAUCACUGCAUUCAGACCACUCAUUAUACAGCACGCGCUGAGCCGUGCGGGCGGCGUGGUGUACUGCGAGUCGUGGGCGCGGUGGCGCGGGCCGGCGGGCGCGCUGGGCGCCGUGUGGCGCCGCGCGCGCGGGCCGCACGCGCUGGGCGUGCAGGCGUGGGGGCGCCGCGCCGCCGUCACGUCGCUCACGCACCCGCACAUGUUCACGUACCUGGGCGCGCGCCAGGACGACUUCCUCUUCGUGCAGAUGCUGGACGCCUCGCGCCUGGUGCUGGCCGCGCACCCCGCGCUCGCCGCCCUCAUGCGCGUCUGGGUGCAGUGCGCGCUCACCAGCGACUGCAUCAUGCCCGUCGGCGCGCAGUCGGGCGGGUGCCGGUUCGACAAGAAGCCGCAGUACCGGUACUCGGGCUGCCACGGCCAGGACGCGUCUGCUCUCAGCAUCAUACUGGGCGUGCGCGCCGACUUCGAGGAGGCCAGGUACCGCGCGCGCGCCGCCGACGGGCUCUGGACGCGCACCAGCCCGCUCGCCGCGCGCGAGUACUUCGACUCGCUCGAGCGGAACGCAACCACCGCCGCGCCCGAGCGGGACGAGCGAGAAGAGCGCACCGAGCAGGUCCGCGCCGCGCCCACGUGAGCGGGACAGGCAAUGUUAACGACGGGAAGAUUUACAAUUUCAAAAUAGCCUUUAUUUUAUGCGAAAUAAAUAUUUUUUUUUAAUCACAACGUAAUAGCGAUAGAUACGUACUCGACGUAACGGUAUCGCGGCGGACGACUCGUUUGUGUACAGACCUCUUUAUAGCUAAUAGCAGACAAUAGUACAAUCAGUGCCAUAUUAAUAUUAUUAUCGAUAUAGUGUUGUUUCCGUAUAUUUGGCUAUAUUAAAGUUACAAUUAUAGCCCCUGUAGUUGGAGGCCAUUAAAACUUCCUGUUUGUCAUGAAAAAAAAAAGAUAUAAUAUUAGUUCUGAGUGGCGCUAUCUGAGGAUGCGUAUGUUCAGGGUGUUUGUCGUCUCGUCAUAUAAUGAUCAGACGGUUUUCUGAAAUAUCUUAACGCAACAGGUACGUGGUCACGUCUCUAGUCAGUGCUCGAGGACUGCUGUCUCCAUUAUAGAACCUUUCGUCCGCCACCGUACUAGCUAUCUCCAGAAGGUUGUUAAUCGUUGUGGCGGAUGUAUUAGCGAGGGCUUUUGUAUUGUAAACCAGCACAAGUUGAUUGAUCUCAAACACUUAGUUGAUAGAACUCUGUCAUAAUAAUUAUUUUAAUUUGUAAAUUGUCAAAUGUUAGUCAAGUGUGUUAUUAAGGUUUGUAUAUAGCGGCGUACAAGUAGUUUACAUAUUUCAGUAUUAGUUGUAGGAAGUCUUGUGGUCGGCGCGACAGUAUGCGCUUUUGCAAGGAGAUUGGAUUUGUUUUGAGUUCUGUUUGCUCCCAAUUUACGUGGACUAAUGUCAGUUGGACAAUCGUAGCGAACAAUACUUUGUCCAUGAUAAAGGUGCGCAGGACUCCCGACCGCGACAACAGUAGGUACUUUCUGAAUAACUGAAUCGAAAUUAUCCUUAUGGAUAUCCACUUAUGUUUGACCCAACGUUUCGCAUAUUGUUUGUGUUCACCUAGGAGUCCGUAUAAAUGUGAAAACUUCGUAUUAAUCAUAUUACGAACAAAUUUACUUAAAUUUUGUCACACUCAGCUAAAACGGAUCAGUCAGAUUUUUGCGUCUGUGUGAUUCACAUUUUAAUUGUAUUUUUGACACUAGCACAGCUGCGCCGAAUGAAUACCUCAACUUAUUCCCUUUUUUUGUACACAUUGAAUGUGAGGUUUUUGUAUAUAAAUUUAUUUUUAUAUUUUAUUGUUUAGCGGCAUGGAGAUGGCCUAUUUUAUGUGAUAUUAGCGGGCACGUGGUGAAGUUAUUCCUACUUAAUGUGUUAUUUAUUGUUAUACAAUUGGAUCAUAGUUGUAGUUAUUUAUCGUUCCGCUGGUUGUGAAACUGCUUUUUGUCAAGUCAAGCGGUCUGAACGGAAUCUGGGCGUGAAUGUAACAAAGGUUAUCCAAGCUACCACUACCCAAAAACAAGUGGGAGGCUCCUUUGCACGGGAUGCCGACUAUAUUACGAUAUAUUUCGUCGCCUUUUUCUGCCGUGAAGCAGUAAUGUUUAAGCAUUAUUAUGUUUUGGUCUGAAGGGCGCCAUAGCUAAUGAAUGUACUGGGCAAAUGAGACUUAACAUCUUUAUGUCUCAAGGUGACGAGCGCAAUUGUAGUGCCGCUCAGAAUUUUUGGGCUUUUCCAGAAUCCUGAGCGGCACUGCAUUGUUAUGGGCAGGGCGUAUCAACUGAACGUACUGCUCGUCUCGUCCCUUAUUUUCAUUUAAAAAAAAACAUGUUUGUUGCAGAUAUUUUUCAGUUACAUUCGGCCAUCGGUUUCCGUUCGGCCUAAUUUGACGGAAUAUUUUGUAAACCUUUAUUUAUUAUUGCAAUAUUUUCUCUAUGUGUUUACAAUUGUUCAGUAUUUUUUUUACUUCAACCACAAAUGUUUGUGAUAUAUGCAGAAAAUAUAAUUAAGUUUUGAAUCGUCGACAUAACACUAAAACAAAAAGCAAUUUAGCGUGUAAUAUUUUAUAUUCUAGUAUUAUAAUGCAUUCUUAAUGAAUAUUAUUUAAUUAGCUUAACUGUAUUAAAUAGAAUGGCCGUUUAUAUUUGUAAAAAAAAAUCAAAUGUGUUUUACAAAUUACACUUGAAAUAUAGUUUUUAAUUACCAAAAAUCCGGGGUUUAGUAUAGUGAAGAAAUCGUACAUAGUUAGCAGUUUUUGUACUCGAAAUGAAUAGAAUUAUUAAAAUUGUGGCCAUAAUACUCAUUAAUAACUUGUAAUGUAGGAAUCCUGACGGUGAUUUAUCAAUGAAAUUGUGAAUCGAAUCGAUUACCGAGUACUAUCGUUAAAAAUCGUUUGUGUAAGGUAGGUAUAGAGCACCCUAAAGAAUUAUUUCAAUUUAAUUUUCAUAUAAUUAACGAAAACAUAAUAGAAUAACUCAGUUUGUGAAUAAACUAUGAUUAGUUAGAUGACAGUAUAAAUAGCUUUUCGUCUAUUAAUUUAAUUACUCGAUUUUGUUCAGGAGAGAGGCUUAUAAUUAACUUAUUUAAAAUUUAAUAUAAAGAAUAUUAAAAUUAACAUUUGUAACACCAAUUUCUUUUUAAAUAUAUACAUUGAUUAUCAGUAUCGCUUUUUUUAUGUUAAACUUUAUUGAAACGAGGAUAAUAUUGUUUGUUUGUCAGGCCAAGAUUUUCUUCAAAAAUUUGAAAGAAAAGGAAUUCAAAUGUAGUUACACUGAUUAGCCAGACUUUACCUCGUUAUAAUAUUAGUGAAGUUAAAAUACCAAUUUUUCUGGUAAUAAAUGUCAUCUUAUAGGGCAGGGACCCUUUGGCACUCGAUCUUGUAAUGUAAAUUGUACCCUUUGAAAGAAUCAAAACGCUUUAGCUGUAAAAAAGGAACCAGAAUUUGUACUUAUUGCUUUUAUAAUGCCAUUUUGUACCUGUACCGUAUUUUAUAAUUAGCAUGUCUGCAUAAUUUCAUAUCCACGCGUAGUAUUGUAAAUAUAUAGAUAUUAGUUACGAUAUCACUAGUGCUAGGCUACGUGCCUACUGUCGAGUCACGAGUGUUCCGUACGCGAAUGGUGCGGUGGCAGUUUAAUGAGAAUGAGAACAUCUGUUUUAUAGUAUUCGUGAAGGUGCUCAAACAUUUUUGUAUGUAUAAAGCGAAAUAUUCAAACUCUUACGACCCAGCCAGGAAUGCUGAUUUGUUUGCAAACCGUUCUGAAUAUUGAAUCCUUGAACUAUUGAAACAGCGACGGUGUUAUUACAAAAAAUAUUUAAACAUGGCUUAGAAACGUGUCUGGUUGGACAGUGACCUAACAAUAACGACAUCUAAAAUGGCGUUCACCUUUUUCUAGUGCAAAACAGUGUUUAACAAGCACAACAUAAACUGAAGUAUACAAGAACAAUUAUAGGAACGGAACGUAAUUUUUGACAGUUGUCAUCAUAUAAGCUAAAUGUUCCUAAAAAAUAUGAUCUAUCAUGUUCGAAGUAAAUCCAUCGAACAGCAUUAUAUUACAAGUAUUGCAUAGUAGAGAUGCAGUACGCGAGUAAAUAUUGAUCGGGCCGGUCCUAGUUACCAUUGACCAUUACAGGACCGGCCCGAGUAACCAUCCGGCUCGAAGGACCAUGAAAAGGGAUGCACUUAGGGGUAGAUAUAUAUAUUGUAUUUAUGGUAAAAGUAUUUAUUUACUUAUGGUACUAAACUUAUCUAUGACACUUGCUAAAUCACUAUAAUUAAUGGUUGUACUGGUGAGUACGCGGAUCUCUACUAUUAAUUGGUUAAAAUGGUUACUCGGACCAGUCCUGUAAUGGUUAUAGACAAAUGGUUAAUGGUAUCUAGGACCGGACCGAUCAAUGGUUACUCGCGUACUGCAUCUCUACUAGGCAAUAUUUGUAAUAUAAUGCUGUUCGAUGGAUUUACUUCGAACAUAUCCGUUAGUCACACAUUAGACAAUCUUCGAAUCGUGUUUAAAUAUAAGCAAUAUCUAUAGAUUGUUGAACGAAAAGCAACAGAAAGACACUGAUUUGUAAAUAGAAUUUUAAAAAAAAUGUUCAACACAUGUUUAAUUUUUUUUGUAAUAACAACGCGAAUAUUUAAUUUGUUGUUUACAAAUUAAGGUUUUUAUGUUAUGUUACAAUGCAAAUACUGUUUUGUUUAUUAUAAUGUAUAGUAUUCAUAAUACAAUGUGAGAAGCUUCUUUCUGCUUUUAAGACCAAAGAUGGAAUGGUGUUGUGAGCAUAAGCUCUCUAAUAGCUGAACCAAUCAUUGUGCCCUUGAUGAAGUUAAAGUUAAAUAUUGACAAGGAUUGUAUGUUGCGAACAUCUCUGAUACUCUUAUUGUCAGUUACAUUUUCACCAAACUAUUUGCGUAAAAAACUUAGACUUAAAAAUGUGGAAAGGUAAUGGAGCAUUUGUGUAUGUGGGGUUGCUAUGCAUAAAAUUCCGAACUACAGUAAUUGAUGACGUUAAAGUCCAUCAAUCAAAACUGUGUGUGGCGCCAUCUGGUGAGCCGUGUGGUUCUUCGAUGUCUAUUAGAAUAAUGCACCAAAACAGAUAAAAUAUUUAUGUAUCUUAUUUAAAUAUCUACCGAUUUUGGUUCUCUGUUAGACCUAGAACACAUUGCUUUAUUUAACUUUUUGCAUUGUAAUUUAUAAUAAUGGCAACCAAUACAUAGAAAUGAACCAUCAGAUCGUACAUCAGUUCGCGGGCGACAUACUUAUGUGAGAGCACGCUGCGCCCUGCCCUGUCGUGUUCAUAGUAAAUAUAUACCAUAGACUUAGAUUAUACGAGCGCAGACUAUCUGACAGCCCGAUGCCGACCAAUUAUAUUUUUCAAUGUGUGUGUUAGCUAUUGGUUGAAUAUUCAAAAUAUUGAGGAGCUAAUGCACUGACCUGUAUAAAUACCACUCGACAGGCUCUUCCAUAUGUUUGACAGCAAUUUUUUGUGCCUCUUUGAAGUGCCACUCGCGAGCGCCUAGAGAACUAAUUUUGACGUAUAAUACAAAUGGCUGCGAAUGAACAUACAAUACUCUGAAGUAUUUUUGUUUCACUUUGACAACCGCCAGUACAGUGGUAUUUAGUAUAUGUCAGUGAGCUAAUAUUAAUUGUGGCUGACUGUUACUUGUCAAUCAAAAUCUGUAACAAUAUUUUUGUUUUGGAUUUUAUGGAACAAUAACAAUAGAUUCGCUUUCCCUUUCUGUUCCUGCAGCCACUAGAGAUGUUCGUCUCUCUCGUACGCUAUUAUAUCUAUGGUAUAGACUAUAAUUUAAUACACGAUGGCACGGUGACACGUAACUCAUACGCGACACAUAUCGAAACUAGAUACUGUAUAAUAUACAUAAUGUAUAAAUUGAAUGCUUUGCACAUAAUGUCUCGUAUUUAACUACUCAAUCGUUAAAUAAAUGAUUACAAUAUA